AUGGCACAGAUGGCUCAGUCGAUGGAUAGCAGUCGGGCCAUACAGCAGUUCCGGUGUGACGAUAUAGAAAAACAUCGUCUGUUUAACGAGUGGAGGGUUUGGAAAGGGGCUUUGGAAUGCUACUUCGAAGCAUAUGAUAUCGAGGACCAAAGAAAGAAGCGAGCCAUACUUCUUCAUUUGGGUGGCCCACAGUUACAGCGGUGGUACGAUGUUGCUAUAAACGCACUUGACGGAUUCUUCCAGCCUUGCCGGCAGGAUUGCCUAGAACGGCAUAAAUUGAAGCAAAUGAAGCAAAAAGAAGGAGAGAGGUUUGCCGAUUUCAUGCUGCGUUUACGCCAGCAAGCGUCAGAUUGUGGGUUCGAUAAGUAUUCGAACGAAAUCCGGGAUGUUCUGACAGACAUAUUUUUGACGGACGCAGUAGUUGAAGGCUGUGCGUCCACGGAAUUGCGACGUCGGAUUCUACAGCAAGAUCGUUCACUCGCGGAAAUAGAAUCUUUGGGAGUCGCUUUGGAAAGCAUUGACAUUCAAGUCAAAGAUUUAAAUGGAAGUUCCAAGGUGGCCUCAAACGGUCAACAAGCGUUCAAGAUAACUGCUGCAAUCAAGGGAGGCCACGAUCGAAUGCCACAAAAUACACGUCGCGAUCCGAAGAAGUUUAUCCCGCCGCGAGACAAUCUGUCCUACCCAAAGAUUAUCCGUUGUUACAACUGCGGUCGUCGUGAUCACAUCUCAACAGAUAGAAGAUGUCCGGCGCGUAACAUCGUGUGCCAUGGAUGUAAAGUGACUGGGCAUUUUGAGUCUUGUUGUCGUCUGCGAGGUUCUAAGAAGAAGGCUUUGCCAGAUAAAGAUCGUAUUCGUGCCGUCGAAGAGGACAAAGUUGCAGGCCCACCAGUUCAACAUAACCCCGAGAAGACAUAUUAUGCAUUUUAUUCAGGAAAUGAUACCAACGUACUUUCCUGUGAAGUGGGCGGAGUGAAACUGGAUCUUCUGAUUGAUUCAGGCUCCGAUGCAAAUUUAAUUCCGGAUACGGUUUGGGAAAGCUUGAAGCAGGAUAAGAUCAGAGUACGUCAAUGCGUAAAAGGAAGUGCCCGGAUCCUUAAGGGUUACGCGAGUGAUAUGCCGUUACCCAUAUUAGGUACAUUCGUGGCAGAUGUCAAGGUCGGAACUAAGUCGACAGCAGCUGAAUUUUAUGUUGUACAAGGUGGACAACGAUCCCUGCUUGGGGACAAAACAUCCAAGGAGUUAGGGAUCUUAAAAGUUGGUUUGGAUGCCUACCACGUGACAAGUGAUGAUAAAGCGUUUUCGAAAAUAAAAGAUAUCCAAGUUCACAUUCAUAUGGAUCCAAAUGCGAAGCCUGUAUUCCAGCCCAUACGUCGGGUCCCGAUUCCUCUCGAAGAUGCCGUAAAUCGAAAACUUGACCAAUUACUGACCAAAGACAUCAUCGAGGUGAAGCAAGGUCCAGCCUCUUGGGUUUCGCCAAUUGUAGUUGUCGGGAAGCACAACGGUGAACCCCGUAUCUGCUUAGAUCUGCGCCGAGUCAACGAAGCGGUCCUUCGUGAGAGACAUCCUAUGCCAGUCGUCGAUGAAUACAUAGCGAGGUUGGGCAAAGGAAGAUUUUGGAGCAAGCUGGACAUCAAGGACGCCUUUCUGCAGGUCGAGCUAGCACCGGAGUCGCGGGAUGUUACAGUGUUCAUCACAAACAAAGGAUUGUUUCGUUUCAAAAGGCUUCCUUUUGGACUCGUUACGGCACCCGAGUUGUUCCAAAAGGUGAUGGAUCAAAUACUGGCAGGUUGCGAAGGGACGUCCUGGUAUUUGGACGAUGUGAUCAUCGAAGGAAGCACACGAGAGGAACAUGACGAGCGACUGAAACAGGUGCUGAAACGUUUCGAAGAUCGUGGAGUCGAGCUAAAUUGGGAUAAAUGUGUGUUUGGGGUAACAAAAGUUGACUUUUUGGGCCAUACAAUUUCUUCAGACGGGGUCAUUCCGGCAAAGGAUAAAGUGGUGGCUAUACAAUCAUUCCGGCGUCCAGAAAACGAGGCAGAAGUGCGAAGUUUCUUGGGGCUGGCCAAUUAUCUUAACAAGUUCAUACCCAAUUUAGCUAUAUUAGACGAACCACUCCGAACGCUUACAAAGAAAGAUUCUAAGUUUACCUGGACUGAGCAACAUCAACAGUCGUUCGAUAGCAUUAAGGCAGCUAUGGUCGAGAUCUUACGGCUGGGGUUCUUCAAUAAGGAUCAUCGAACUACUAUUAUGACUGAUGCAAGUCCUAUCGGAUUAGGAGCCAUACUGAUUCAAACUGACUCGUUAGGGAAUAGCCGUGUUGUUACGUGCGCUUCAAAAUCCCUCACUGAUACCGAAAAACGCUAUUGCCAGACGGAAAAAGAGGCCUUGGCGAUAGUUUGGAGUGUGGAGCGUUUUCAGAUAUAUCUAUAUGGUCGCCAAUUCGAUAUUCUAACGGACUGUAAGGCUUUAGUAUACCUGUUCACUGAAAGGUCACGGCCGUGUGCAAGAAUAGAACGUUGGGUUCUUCGCCUUCAAGCAUUUGAUUAUUUAGUGACCCACAUUUCGGGUGACAAAAAUCUUGCAGAUGUCCUGUCACGGUUGAGUUCUCUUAAACUAGUGCCAUUCGAUCAGAGGGAUGAAAUGUUCGUUAAACAUGUGGCCUUGUCAUCAGCUACGUCUGUUGCUCUUCGUUGGGACGAAAUCAUUGAAGCAUCGCAGAAAGAUUUAGAGAUCCAAGAAGUACUUGAAGCGGUUGACAAGGGAAACAUCGAGGAAUUGCCUAUCUCUUUUCGAGUGAUUGCAAGCGAACUAUGCCGAUUUGGAGAAGUUUUGCUAAGAUCCGAUCGAAUUGUGGUGCCUGUUUCGCUGCGUGAUAGGGUAAUCAGAAUCGCACACGAGGGGCAUUUAGGAAUGCGUACAAUGAAGUCCCAUCUACGGACUGCCGUGUGGUGGCCAAAGAUGGACCUGGCGAUCGAAGCUUUCGUUAAGAAGUGUAGAGGAUGUCUUCUAGUCUCCACACCUGAUCCUCCGCAGCCUAUGGUACGAAAGGAAAUGCCAAAUGGUGCUUGGGAAGACAUAGCGAUAGAUUUUCUUGGCCCGCUUCCAAAUGGAGAAACACUGCUUGUUGUUGUAGAUUACUACAGUCGUUAUCUCGAGGUCUGCGAAAUGCAACGAAUUACCACAAAACAUACUAUUGACGAAUUAGGUAAAAUCUUCUGCCGCUAUGGGGUGCCACUAACUAUACGAGCAGAUAAUGGCCCACAGUUUAGUGCAAAUUGCGAGGAGUUCAAAAGUUUCUGUGAAGAGUUUGGCAUCCGAUUAGUCAACACAAUUCCGUACUGGCCUCAACAAAACGAUCUUUUCCUCUACCCGGGAACCGUGCGUUCAUCCGAAGACGGUAAGGAAUAUCGAAGAAACGUAGCUGACCUGAAGCGAAUCGAACCGGAAGAAGCAGCGCAUGCACCGCAUGGCGAAUCCGAGGUUACAAUUGAGGGAAGUCCGAAGGAAGCACAUCACCAUCAAGGUCAGACCGACCAUGUGCCGUUGGAAAUCGCUCCAACGUGUUCGAAGCGGGUACGGAAGGAACCCUCCAGAUUUUCGGAUUAUAUUCCACAUUAUUUUGAGUUUCAAUAA